AUGAAUCAGCUGCUUCGUCUUGGCAGUCUGAGGCACCUCGCUGGAGCAUCCGCUCCUAGAAUAUGUUGCUCUACAUUUCCGCUAAUUAAUCGUGUGGGGCAAUAUUCAGCACGUCUGUUUAAGUCAAGAUCUAAGUGGAAAUGGGGAUCUACAAAUGCCAAUUAUUCCAGUGGCCAUCAGAGUGAUGAUCAUUCUCAGAACAACCCAGACAAUAUUGACAUUUAUGCAUUAGCUGCGGGUGGUGCUUCAUUCGCCCUCUUGUUAAUUGCGUGGUGGUUAAUUGCUAAUGUACCCCAUAUACCUCAAGUAACUUUCGGAAUGCUCGUAUCCAUGUUGGAAAAAGGUGAAGUUCAAAGGAUACAAAUAACUUCUUCCGGUGAUGUAUACAUUCUCACUUAUCAACAAGGUCAACUGCCUUUGAUUCUGAAGCACUCAAUAUCUGUAAAUGAAUUUGUAAAAAAUUUACGAUCCCUAGAGGAUACGUGGGGCAUUGAAGAACAUGAUCGUAUCCCAGUCCAGAUGUCUGACUUACCUUUGAACACGUUCAUGCAAAGAUGGAAUUCGAAAUUGUGUACUGGUCUUCUAUUUAUAUCUUGUGGAUUGUUCACAUUUUCAAUGAGGAGAAUCUUGUCUCAAAAAAAGAACUUAGAAAAAGCAGCGAAUAGAGGUAUUUUGGGGAAGUCCAUAGAUAUCUCAAGGUAUCAUGAUGACCCUAAGCCAUCAAAGACAUCUGGUUCAAGUUUUGAUUCUGAAAACGACCGAUUUUCUUUUCGUCCACCCUUUCAAUGGGAUCCUAUUACUGGUUUCAAUACAAUUAGACCUACAACAUCCACCGUAAAAUUCAAGGACGUCGCUGGUCUUCAUGCAUGUAAACAAGAGGUUAUGGAGUUUGUUUCUUAUCUAAAAAAUCCACAAAAGUAUCAAGCGUUAGGUGCUAAGUUACCAAAGGGGGCACUUCUACUUGGUCCACCGGGAACCGGAAAAACUUUGCUUGUUAAAGCAUUGGCCAAUGAAGCGGAAGUACCUUUCUUUUCAAUGGCUGGACCACAAUUUGUAGAAGUUGUCGGUGGACUUGGUGCUCUUCGAUUACGACAGCUUUUCAAAGUAGCUCGUUCUCAUUCACCAGCUAUAAUAUUCAUAGAUGAGCUUGAUUCCCUUGGUCGACGUCGUGAUUCUGGGGAUCAGAGAGGGGGUGGUGGUGGUGUUUCUGAAAUGGAACAGACGCUGAAUCAACUGCUUGUAGAAAUGGAUGGAAUGGAUACUACUGAAGGUGUUAUUGUAUUUGGAGCGACAAAUCGAGCUGACUUGUUAGAUAAAGCUCUGUUGCGUGCAGGACGGUUUGACAGACAUAUUUUUAUUAAUUUACCAAAUCUAUCUGAACGUAAAGAAAUAUUUGCUGUAUACAUUGCUAAAUAUCAACUUGCUCCUGAUGUUGUACAAAAUGAGCUUGUUGAACGUUUAUCAGCUUGGUGUCCUGGAAUGUCUGGAGCCGAUAUUGCACGUCUAUGCAAUGAAGCUGCUUUGUCUGCUGCUCGAAGAGAUGAUAAAGUUAUUGGUGUUACUAAAGCUGAUUUUGAAGCAGCACUUGAAAGAAUAGUAGCAGGCGCUGCAAAACGUUCAAAUCCACUUACGGUUGCUGAACGCCACAUGUCUGCUGUCCAUGAAUCUGGUAGGGCUCUUGUAGCAUGGCUUCUUUCAGAUAGUGGAGUGCUACCGGUCAAAGUCUCAAUUAUACCGCGUACGGUCUCUGGUCCAGAUACUGUUGGAGAUCUGGGUUUUACUCAGUUAAUAUCCGAAGAAAAAUAUUUACUUAAUACUGAUGAUCUAGCUGAUCGUAUGUCUGUAUUACUUGGUGGUAGAGCAGCUGAGCAUGUUGUAUACAAUGCAAUUUCAGAUGUUUCACAAAAAUAUCUUCGGGAAGCUAAUAAAUUAGCAAUGAAGCAAGUGCGUCAGUUUGGAAUGUCUAAGACUAUUGGAAAUCUCAGCUUUGACGAGUCAUCUGGUGAACUGUCCUCUGUGAAACCGUUCUGUCAAAAAACGGAAGCCAUCAUGGAAAUAGAAGCCAAUCAACUUGUAACUUCAGCAUUUUCACGUUCUGUAAAAAUGUUAGAAGAAAAUAAGGACAGCCUGUUAGCACUUAUUGAUGCUCUAUUAAAGAACGAAGUUCUCAGUUACGAUGACCUGACGAAAAUCUUAGGUGAUAACCAACGUUCAACAAAAAUUAAACCUCGUUUAUAA